UCUUCUUCUUGUGCGGUUCCUCCACGGCUCUCCCACAACAAACAUUGCGGCUCUUGGUCCCUUCUGUGCUUCAGACAGUCGGACAUUUGGAGAAAUGUGAGAGGUCACAGUAACUUUUCCACUCUGUGCUAUAAAUGAAGCGGGAGGUUUCGACCUAGCCACCGGCAGCUAGCGUUAACUGGAAGUUGUCGAGCUCGUCAGCACAACUUCACUGCCGCUGCUAACACAAGCUGAACUCGGGCGACCCAGAAAGCCUCCCAGUAUCACACUGCUUAGCUUUUAAAAAGAACACAAGUAACCGGACUGUACUUGUCAUGUAGUCGUUUCACUGCACUGGCCUCCUGUCUAACUACCUUCCGAGGAGGGGUUUGAGAUCUUUCUCCAGUCACAGCAAUGGAUGAGGACACCCCAACCCUGAAGCCCAGACGGAUCCAAAAUCAAAACGUCGUUCAUCGUCUUGAGAGGCGCAGGAUCUGUUCGGGCCGGCCCGGAGCUCACUGGUACAGAGUGCGUUGCUUCCACCAGAACCUUUUCCCCAACUUCACUGUGGUCAACGUGGAGAAGCCCCCUUGCUUCCUAAGGAAGUUCUCACCAGAUGGACGCUGCUUCAUCGCCUUCUCUUCUGACCAGACUUCUCUGGAGAUAUACGAAUACCAAGGCUGCCAGGCGGCUCAGGACCUGCUGAGAGGUCAAGAGGGAGAGACUCUUCUAACGGCCAAUGAUCAGCGUUCUCUCAACAUCCGAGGCCGCCUGUUUGAGCGCUUCUUCUCCUUGCUCCAUGUCACUAAUGUGGCCUCAAACGGAGAACACCUCAACCGGGAGUGCAGCCUCUUCACAGACGACUGCCGCUAUGUCAUUGUCGGGUCGGCUGUGUACGUUCCAGAGGAGCCGCCGCCUUAUUUCUUUGAGGUGUAUCGAAACAAUGAAUCUGUGACUCCCAACCCCCGGUCUCCUCUAGAAGACUACUCCCUCCACAUUAUUGACCUCCACACUGGCAGGCUGUGCGACACUAGGUCCUUCAAGUGUGACAAGAUCAUCCUGUCCCACAACCAAGGCCUCUACCUCUACAGGAACAUCCUGGCUGUGCUGUCGGUCCAGCAGCAGACCAUACACGUGUUUCAGGUCACUCCAGAGGGAACGUUCCUAGAUGUAAGGACUAUUGGGCGCUUCUGUUAUGAGGACGAUCUCCUGACUCUUUCAGCAGUUUACACUGAGGCUCAGGCUGAGAGUCAGCCGGGCUUCCCUCGCCUGUACACUGACAAAACCAUCAACUCCCUCAAGCACAGGCUGCUGGUCUACCUCUGGAGGAGGGCUGAGCAGGACGGCAGCGCCACCGCCAAGAGGAGGUUCUUCCAGUUUUUUGAUCAGCUGAGGAGGUUGAGGAUGUGGAAGAUGCAGUUGUUGGAUGAGCAUCACCUCUUCAUUAAAUACACCAGCGAAGACGUGGUCACACUCAGAGUCACCGACCCCUCGCAGCCGUCGUUCUUCGUUGUGUACAACAUGGUGUCUACAGAGGUGCUGGCCGUCUUUGAGAACACCUCUGACCAGCUGCUAGAGCUGUUUGAGAAUUUCUGCGACCUGUUCAGAAACGCUACGCUACACAGCCAGGCCGUCCAGUUCCCCUGCUCCGCUUCAUCCAACAACUACGCGCGGCAGGUCCAGAGAAGAUUCAAAGACACCAUAGUGAACGCCAAAUACGGCGGGCACACGGAGGCGGUGCGUCGGCUGCUGGGUCAGCUGCCCAUCAGUGCCCAGUCCUACAGCAGCAGUCCCUACCUCGACCUCUCCCUCUUCAGUUAUGAUGACAAGUGGGUGUCGGUGAUGGAGAGACCCAAGACCUGCGGAGACCACCCCAUCAGGUUUUACGCACGGGACUCCGGCCUGCUGAAGUUUAAGAUCCAGGCAGGACUGCUGGGACGGCCGGUAAAUCACGCCGUGCGUCGCCUGGUCGCCUUCACUUUCCACCCCUUCGAACCCUUUGCCAUCUCCGUCCAGCGCACCAAUGCAGAGUAUGUGGUCAACUUCCACAUGAGGCACGUUUGUGCGUAAGGAGCUUGUGUGUCUAUGUGUGACAAUACAACAAACAUGUCCUCCAUCAGGAGGCACAAAACAGUUUGUUCUGUUAGCCGCCCUCUCCUCCUCCCAGAGAAAUCAGCAGUCCUCUCCCUGCAUUCUCCUUCUGAUGGAAACCACUGUUCCUCUCCUCCUUUUUCCCCUCCAUCACACAGUGGUCACUCCACUUCCGCCCCUCCUCCCCCUCCACGAGAAGGCAGCAAUUCUGCCUUUUCCUUUCAUCUGCACCGCCUCGCCUCCUCUUUCCCCCUUCCUCCACAGAACAAAGAGGGACCUGUAGGGAGGAGAGGCUGGAAUAAGUGUAAAUGGAGAUGUAGAGAGAGUGAUUGAUGUGCGACGGAGGUGGGAGCUGCAGGUAGCUGGACCUCUUAGAAGGAACCAGAGGUGUUUUCUUUUUCCUACUGUGCACUGAAAGCUGCACAUUCAUAUCAGAAUUGCUUAUCCAGUUGGUCCAGGACCAGCUGUCCAACAAACUUCCUUUUUUCUCACAUAAAUGGGGAAAGAGGGAAUUUUAUAUUAUAUUGUUUUUACACUUUUUUUUAAAACAUACUACCGCCUGUAUAUAUUUUAUGCCAAUAAAAUUGUCUAAAUUUUU